GUGUCUCAGUGCUGACGUCGACCGACCGACGGACCGACGGCGCUCUGGCUGGCUGGCAGUCGGCCGCUAUGCAGUCACAGUGACCACUAACUCGUAGAGUGCUGCCAAGCUCCGAGGACACCGGCCGAGCAUCCGUGUGCAAUGCUGUGAUCUCGAUGUGAAUCUCUAGCCAUCCUCACGCUUUUCUGGCUUCGUCAGGGAUCGUUCUGGAUCCUCGCGGAGAAAAUGCUGGGUCUCCGUGUUCUCCGACUACACACUUGUCGGGUGAUAAUACUUACCUCUCUUGUUUGGUUUCUAAUUGCCACCGUGUUCUUCAUGUACCGUAGUGAAUGUCGGGGUUCGGAGUGUCUUGAAAAACUGCCCAAGUUCGCGGCUGUGCAGCGGAAGCUACACGAACCAUCGGACCGUUUCGUCAAAUGGACUCCGGUUCGUGUUGUGAAGAACCCGACGUUCUGGCCCGGCGAGAACGGUGAAGGUGUCGAAAUUCCCGAGAAAGAAACUGCCCUGAAAAACGAAAAGUUCAAAAUCAAUCAGUUCAACCUGCUUGCGUCCGAACGCAUUGCACUCAACAGGUCUCUACCUGACGUCCGGCUAGCUGAAUGCCGGAAAAAAACCUAUCCGGAUCGUCUACCGACAACAUCAAUUGUCAUCGUGUUUCACAAUGAAGCCUGGACUACCCUACUCCGGACUGUGCAUUCAAUAAUACAAAUGUCUCCGCGCGAACUCAUCGCCGAAAUCAUUCUCGUCGACGACGCUUCCGAGUUCGACCAUCUGGGCCAAAAACUUGAGGACUACGUGGCUAAGCUGCCGGUACCCGUGCACGUUUUGAGAACAGGAAAACGUUCGGGCUUAAUUCGAGCUCGUCUAAUCGGUGCCGAAACCGUCACCGGUCAAGUGAUUACGUUCCUCGAUGCUCACUGCGAAUGCACCGAAGGAUGGCUCGAGCCGCUUCUGGCGCGAAUCGCCGAAGACAAUACUCGAGUCGUGUGUCCGGUCAUCGACGUAAUUUCCGACGAGAACUUCGCGUACGUGCCGGCCUCCGACCAGACGUGGGGCGGCUUCAAUUGGAAAUUGAACUUCCGUUGGUACCGAGUGCCCCAACGUGAGAACGACCGUCGCGGGGGAGACCGGACGUUGCCGGUGAGAACUCCCACCAUGGCGGGUGGGCUUUUUGCCAUGGACAAAGCCUACUUCGAGAAGUUGGGAAAGUACGACGAAGGAAUGGACAUUUGGGGUGGUGAGAACCUCGAGAUGUCGUUCCGGAUCUGGAUGUGCGGGGGCACUCUCGAGAUAGUUACCUGUUCACACGUGGGGCACGUUUUUAGAAAGAGCACACCGUACACGUUCCCUGGAGGAACCGGGAAAAUCGUCAAUCAUAAUAACGCUCGACUUGCCGAUGUGUGGCUGGACGAGUGGAAAGAUUUUUAUUUUGCUAUAAAUCCGGUGGCGAAAAAAGUUGACCGUGGAGACACUUCGGGUCGCCACAAGCUGAGACAAGAUCUUCAGUGCAAGAGUUUCCGCUGGUAUCUCGAGAAUAUAUAUCCUGAAUCUCACAUGCCGCUCGACUACUAUCAUCUGGGCGAGAUCAAAAACGCGGACGGCAAUUUAUGCCUCGACACCUACGGCAAGAAGAGCGGGGACGUUCUCUACAUGGGCAAAUGUCACGGACUCGGAGGCAACCAGGUGUUUGCAUAUACGAAACGACAGCAGAUCAUGGCAGACGAUUCUUGUCUCGACGCGUCAUCGCCGUCAGGCCCCGUGAAACUGUUCAGGUGCCACAACAUGGGCGGAAAUCAGAUGUGGACCUACGACGGAAACACGAAACAGAUCAGACACAUCAAUACGAAUAGGUGCUUAGACAAGCCAAACGCGAAUAGAUCUAACGUAGCUACACUAAAAGAAUGCAACUCAGGCAAAGAGAGUCAGAAGUGGGAGAUGGCAGCGAAAUUCAAAUGGCAGGUUUCUGAUCAUCGGUGACCACCGCCGCAAUAGUUCCCCUCAGGGAUCAAAAACCUAUCGCAAGAGUCGAUGACCAAAUGUUGUUUGUGUUUAUAUUUUAUUUAUGAAUAAAUAGAUGGAAAAUAGUG